GGACCGUCGGGGUCACCAAUUGUAGCGGUGUGCUACACACAGUGCUAAAAUUACGACACGGAGUCGGUAACUGCAGUCGAAGGAAAAAACUUUAUUCGAAAACUUCAGCCUCACUUUUAAGCCUCUGUCAACCGGCCCCCCAUGGCGCAGAGGCUCCAAAGCUCUGUGCUCGCAAACCCCCGUAGGCUAUCUAAUUGUGAGUCGGUUCGGAUACGCCAGGAAAUGGGUCGCCACAGCACCAUCAAUAACUCAAAGGGGGGGUGAAUGUGGUGAACAUGUGCUAGCACACAGCUCGACCAGCUGUACACCCUUCAUGCACAACUUUGCCAUCCGGGGGUCACCCGAUUUUACCAUUUUGUGAAAGCUCGGAACCUGCCAUACUCCCUGGAGGACAUCAGGACGAUGACCAGGGACUGCCAAAUUUGCGCUGAGUGCAAACCGCACUUCUACCGUCCUGACACGGCACAACUUGUCAAGGCCACCCGCCCUUUUGAACGACUGAGUGUUGACUUUAAGGGCCCCCUUCCCUCCACUGACCGCAAUGUCUAUUUUCUCAGUGUUAUCGACGAGUACUCACGGUUCCCCUUUGCCAUCCCCUGCCCCGACACCACUGCCACGUCCGUCAUAAAAGCCCUGCGCCAGCACUUCACUCUGUUCGGGUAUCCCUGCUAUAUCCACAGCAAUAGAGGGUCCUCCUUUAUGAAUGAGGAGCUGCGCCAGUACUUGCUAGCUAGGGGCAUUGCUACCAGUCGGACCAGAGUUAUAAUCCCCGGGGUAAUGGCCAGGUGGAGCAGGAGAAUGCCACAGUGUGGAAGGCCACACUUUUAGCCCUUAAGUCAAAAGGGUUGCCGGUCUCUCGAUGGCAGGAGGUCCUCCCUGAGGCACUGCACUCUAUCCGCUCUCUGUUAUGUACGUCUACCAUUGCCACCCCUCACGAACGCCUAUUCUCUUUUCCCAGGAAGUCUGUCACUGGGACUACCCUACCAGUUUGGCUGACGUCCCCGGGGCCAGUGCUGCUCCGGAAACAUGUGAGGAGCAAUAAAUACUCCCCGCUGGUAGAGAGGGUUCACCUUCUACAUGCGAACCCCCAGUAUGCUUACGUGGUCUUACCUGAUGGGCGGGAGGACACAGUCUCCAUCCGUGACCUGGCACCCGCAGGUGCAGCAGACCACUACCCUGAAGGCUCUCCGGUAACUAUGAACCCUGCACCAGAGGUGACACCGUACUCACCAGGCCCUACACAGACUCCUCACGACACUUGUAUACCGGGCGUUUCGUACGCAUUUAUACCAGGCACAUGCGUGAGGGAUCACCGGCGCCUAGUGGGCAGGAACAAGCGCAACCUCCGUCCCCUGUGCAAUCACCAAUGUCGCCGGCAUCCGUGCAAUCACAGAAGGUGCUACGUAGAUCGCAGCGACAGAUUCAACCACCUGAUAGACUUGACUUGUAAGAAACUUCGCCACAUGGGGACUCUUUCAAACAAAGGGGGGGUGAAUGUGGUGAACUAUGUGCCUGUCUGGACACACCCCCUGCUGACUGCUCCUGUGGCUCCUCCCACAGGCCCCUGUAUAAAGGCAAUCUGAGGCCUAUGCUCGGCCUCAGUCUCCAGGACAUGGUAUGAUGGACACUCACUCCUGGUUCCUUCUUCCAGUCAAUAAAAGCCGAUAUCUCGCCUUACGUCUCAGUGUGAAUUAUUGAUGGUGCAUCAAUUGUUCUCCAGCCUUAUAUCUCUUUCACCAAUCAACUACACAGCUCUUGACUUUGCACCUCCCCCUCUCCCGUUUUCACGUAUCACCUCAUCUCCCCCGACAUUCUGACUCCCUCCUUCCUUUCCUGUCCUGAAGAAGAGUCUCGGUCUGAAACGCCGACUGUUCACUCCUCUCCAUAGUUGCUGCCUCUCCUCCUAAGUUCCUCCAGCAUUUUGUGUGUUUUGCUUUGGAUUUCCACAUCUGCAGAUUGUCUCCUGUUUAAACCAAUGCGCAUGCGUGGUUAUCGCGACCAAUCCUGGAUAUCGCGCAUGCGUUAAGUAGACGAGAGACUCUCAGCGAUCGGACGAGAGGUAAGGGCGAACUCUAGGCGGGCUCUUAAUCAGCAGCGUCUGAAACGCGACCGAAGGGCAAUUACUGUGAUUUCCAGCCACACUGGUACUGCACCCCACGACAGUCCUGGUCCUUUCCCUCUCUCUCAACCCCACGAUCCGUACCCAGUCCCAAGGGAACUUUCGACAAAUCGGCCCUGGAGCUGCCGCCAGCAGUUUUGGGGCGCAUGCGUAUUCCUGUAUCUUUCGAUGGCGGACAGGGAGGUUUCUCUUCGUGAGAGUUUCUGGGUUUGAAAUGGCAGAACACUUACGUACGGGAAUCUCAAGCCCGUUUUUCAGACUCUGUCUGGAUAUUUAAGGAGUGACCAAAUAUUCUCUUUGCAUCACCAACACUUCUGCUGUCGAUCCUUGCAGAUGAAGAAGUAUCUCAUCCCAGAUGGAAAUGUAUUCUGUCUCUGAAAUGAAGUUUUCUGUUUUAACUCUGUGAAAUUCACUGGAACCAGGAGCUGAGAACACACCAGCAUUUGUUCACUGGAGAUCAGUUCUUCAACUGCAUUGAUUGUACAAGGGAUUCAAACAUCUGACUUUCUGAAUUGCCAGAGAAUUGAUCGUAGUGAGAUAUCAUUCUCCUUCUCUCAGUGUGGGAAGGGAUUCACUCACAGGCUACCCACAGACACGUCAGUGAGUUCACAGUGGGGAGAGGGCAGUCACCCACUCUCUGUGUGGGAGGGGAACUACUCAGUCAUCCAGUCUGAAGAUACAUCAGCAAGUUCACAGCAUAGUCAGAUGCUCCAUCUGUUCUGCAAGCGGGAAGCAUUCUGUUAUUGAUGCUAAAGGUAUGUCACAAAAUUCACCAGUGAGAGGACAUUGACCUGCUCGGAUAGUGGGAAGGCAUUCACACACUCAACUACGUCACAGUGACACCAGCGAGUUCACACCAGGGAGAAGCCAUUCACCUGCUCUGAAUGUGGGAAAGCGUUCUCUCAAUCAUUUCAACUGAAUGAACACCAGCAAGUUCACACUGAAAAGAUGCCAUUCACCUCCUCAGACCGUGGGAAGGGAUUCAUUCGCUCGUCCACACUACAUAGACACCAGCGAGUUCACACAGGGGAGAGGCCAUUCAUCUGCUCAGACUGUGGAAAGGGAUUCACUCAGUCAAAUCACCUACUACAACAUCAGUUAGUUCACACUGGGGAGAGACCAUUCACCUGCUCAGAAUGUGGGAAGGGAUUCAUUCAGAGUUCUCAGCUCCAGACACACCAGCGACUUCACACUGGGGAGAGGCCAUUCACCUGCUCAGAUUGUGGGAAGGGAUUCACUCGGCGUUCUCAGCUCCUGAUACACCAGCGACUUCACACUGGGGAGAGGCCAUUCACCUGCUCAGUCUGUGGGAGGGGAUUCACUCAUUCGUCCAACCUACAGAGUCACCAGCGAAUACACACUGGGGAGAAGCCAUUCACUUGCUCUGACUGUGGGAAAGGAUUCAUUCACUCAUCUCAGCUCUUGAAACACCAGCAAAUUCACACUGGGGAGAAACCAUUCAUCUGCUCAGAAUGUGGGAAGGGAUUCACCUAUUCAGCUCAACUGAAACAGCAUCAAUUUGUUCACACUGCAGAGAGGCCGUUCACCUGCUCAGACUGUGGGAAAGGAUUCAUUCGGCAUUCCCUUCUACUGACACACCAGUUAAAUCACACUGGGGAGAAACCAUUCAUCUGCUCAGAAUGUGGGAAGGGAUUCACCCAUUCAGCUCAACUGAAGGAACAUCAGCGACUUCACACUGGGGAAUGGCCAUUCAUCUGCUCUGAAUGUGGGAAGGGAUUCACUCGGUCAUCUCGACUGAAGGUGCAUCAGCGAGUCCACACUGGGGAGAGGCCAUACAUCUGCUCUGAAUGUGGGAAGGGAUUCACUCAGUCAUCUCAACUGCAGGUACAUCAGAAAUUUCAUACUGGGGAGAGGCCAUUCAUAUGCUCUGAAUGUGGGAAUGGCUUCAUUCAGCCAUUUCAACUGAAGAUACAUCAGCGAGUUCACACUGGGGAGAAACCAUUCAGCUGCUCUGAAUGUGGGAAGGGAUUCACUUGGCAAUGUCAACUGACUAAUCAUCAGCGAGUUCACACUGGGGAGAAGCCGUUCACCUGCUCUGAAUGUGGGAAGUGUUUCACUUGGUCAUCUCAGCUGAAGGUACAUCAGCAAGUUCAUACUGGGGAGAUGCCAUUCAAAUGCUCUGAAUGUGGGAAGGGAUUCGCCCAGUUAUCCACACUUAUGAGGCACUACCGAAAUCACAGUAGGGAGUAACUGUUCACCUGCUCAGAUUGUGGGAAGGAAUUCACUCGGUUAUCUGACUUUAAAGUACAUCAGAGAAUUCACACUGGGGGAUGCCACUCACCUGUUCUGAAUGUGGGAAAGGAUUCACUCAGACAUCUCAAUUAAGGCUAUAAGAUAUAGGAGCAGAAGUAGGCCAUUUAGCCUUUCCAGUCUGCUCAACCAUUCAGUCAUGGGCUGAUCUGAUUCUUCCACUCAUCCCCACUCCCCUGCCUUCUCCCCAUACCCUUUGAUGCCCUGGCUAAUCAAGAACCUAUCUCUCUCUCUCUGCCUUAAAUGCGACGAAUGUCUUGGCCUCCAUAGUUGCUUGUGGCAACAAAUUCCACAAAUUUACCAUUCUCUGAGUAAGGUUCUCUUCAUCUCUGUUCUAAAUGGAUAUCUUUCAAUCCUGAAGUCGUGCCCUCUUGUCAUAGACUCCUCUACCAUGGGAAAUAACAUAUCUAAUCUGUUCAGGGCUUUUAACAUUCAGAAUGUUUCAAUGAGAUUUCCCCCCACCGCUCCCACCAUUCUCCUGAACUCCAGGGAAUACAGCCCAAGAGAAGCCAGAUGCUUCUCGUAUGGUAACCCUUUCAUUCCUGGAAUCAUUCUUGUGAAUCUUGUCUGAACCCUCUACAAUGCCAGUAUAUCCUUUCUAAAAUAAGGAGCCCCAAACUGCAUAUAAUACUCCCAAGUGUAGUCUCACGAGUGCCUUGUAGAGCCUCACACCCUACAUCCCUGAGGCUCAGAUCACACCCCUGCUCUUAUAUUCUAUACUUCUAGAAAUUAAUGCCACCAUUAUAUUCACUUUCUUCACCACUGACUCAACCUGGAGGUUAACCUUUCGGGUAUCCUGCACAAAGACUUCCAAGUUCCUUUGCAUCUCUGCAUUUUGAAUUCUCUUCCAAUCUAAAUAAUCAUCUGCACAUUUAUUUCUUUCACCAAUAUGCAUGACAAUACAUUUUCCAACAUUCAAAUGCAUUCUGAAUGGCAUUCUGGUACAAUGCCAGAAUCUAUUGACAACUUCAUUGCCCAUUCCCUGAAACUAUCUAAAUCUCUCUGCCGGCACUCUGUUUCCUCAGCACUACCUGCUCCUCCACCUAUCUUUGUAUCAGCAGCAAAUUUAGCCCCAAAUCCAUUCAUCCAAUAGUCUAACUCAAUGUCAUACAUCGUAAAAAGCUGUGGUCUAAACACCAAUCACUGUAGAACUCCAGUGGUAACUGCAGCCAGCCAGAAUCCCUUUAUUCCCACUCUGUUUUCUGUUGAUAAGCCAAUGCUCCACCCAUGCUAGAAAUUUCCCUGUAAUUCCAAGGGAUUUAUCUUGCUAAGCAGCCUCAUGUGAAGCACCUUUCAAAAGCCUACUGAAAAUCCAAGUAUACUACAUCUACUGCAUCUCCUUUGUCUACCCAGCUUGUAAUUUCCUCUAAGAAUUGCAGUAGGUUAGUCAGGCAGGAUUUUCCUUUCAGGAAACCAUGCAGGCUUUGGCCUAUCUUGUCAUGUGCCUCCCGGUACUUCGUAAUCUCAUCCAUACCAAUCAAGUCCAGCAAAUUCCCAACCACUGGUCUGUAGUUUCUUUUCUGCUACCUCCCACGCUUAUUAGAACGCCAAGAUGCAUUCCAUCAGGUCCAGGAGAUUUAUCCACCCUCAGACCAUUAAGCUUCAUGAGCACCUUCUCAGGCAUAAUUUUCACUGCAUGUACUUCACUUCCUGACAUUCUUUAAUGUCCAAUAUACUGCAGAUGUCUUCCACCAUAAAGAGUGAUGCAAAAUACGCAUUCAUUUCCUCUGCCAUCUUUGUGUCCCCCAUUACAAUAUCUCAUUUUCGAUUGGUUCUAUAUCGAUCCUCAACUUUCCUUUACCCUCUCCAUUAUGUAACUCACUUCAUCCAUUGGCUUAAUAUUUGGGAUGAUAGCCCCUGGCCCAGCCAAACUUAAGAAAUCUUGUUUGUGUGGAUGCCGCGCGAUGUGUCCCCUGUUACAAAUCAGUAUGCAAUAACAAACUGCACACAAUAUGUGAUUAAACAAUUGAGCUUUAUAACUCUUAACUUGACUAUUUGGUUAGUAAAGAGAAAAAAAACGAAAAAGGGCCCAUUCUCAUGAACAAGUCUAUUGUGCAAUGUAACAACUGAUAAGCUGUUCAUCUACUAUCGACCUCCUCCGAUCCUUGCUGACCUUCAGACCUUCACUCCAAGUCCACUCUGUCCGAGGCCUACCAACUCUCUCCAUUCGCGUCUUCUCUCCUCUUCUCUCCCUGGCAAAAGACCUGUGAAUUUGUGGCUCCCAGACACGCAAAAAAGAACAACAUCCUGCUCAUUGGCUAGCAUGCCCAAGUAUUGCUAGUUAUAACCCAAACAUUGCUGCUACAGAGAAACCAUUACCUCAGCAGUGGAACAUUACAAAGAAGCCAUUACAUUAGCAGCAAAACCUUACAGCAUGUUACACUUACAAAAUGCUUUUGUAUCUUCUUGAUAUUAGUCACCAGCUUCCUUUCAUAAUUCAUUUUUUCCUUCCUAACGACCUUCUUAGUUCCCUUCUGCAAAUUUGUAGAAGCUUCUGAAUCCUCUAUCUUCCCACUAACUUUUGCUUCCUUGUCUUUUGCUUUUACUUUGGCUCUGACUUAACUUGUCAGCCACGGUUGUGUUCUUAUUCUGUUUCAAAAUUCCUUCUUGUUAAGAAUAUAUCUGUCUUGCACUUCUCUCAUUUUUUGCAGAAAUUCCAGCCACUGCUGCUCUGCUGUCCUUUCUGCUAGAGUCCCUUUCCAGUCAACUUUGGCCAGUUCCCCUCUCAUGCAAAUGUAAUAUUUAUUUCACUGAAAUACCAACACAUUGGAAUAUAGUUUCUCCUUCUCAAGUUUCAAAGUGAACUUGAUCAUAUUUUGAUCACUGUCCCCAAGGGUUCCUUAACCUUAGCUCUCUUACAACCGCCAGAUCAUUGCACAACACCUAAUCUAGCACAGCUAAUCCCCUAGUGGGCUCAAUAACAAGCUGCUCUAAAAAGCGAUCCCUUCGACAUUUUGUAAAUGCUCUCUGUUGAGGUCCAGUACUGGCCUGUUUUUCCCAAUCCUCUUUCCUAUUAAAAUCACCAACGAUUAUCAUGACAUUGCCCUUGUGAUAUCCUUUUUCUAUCUCCUGGUGUAAUUUGUAAUCCACACCUCGACUGCUGUUUUGAGGCCUUUAUACAUCUGCCAUUAGGAUCCUUUUAACCUUGCCAUUUCUUACCUCCAACCACAGAGACUCUACACUUUCCGAUCCUGUGUCAUCCUUUUUCUAAUGAUUUAAUAUUUCUUACACACAAGGCCACACCACCCCGUCUGCCUUUCUUUCCGAUACACCGUAUAUCCUUGAAUGUUCAGCUCCCAAUGACAGCCAUUCUUUAGCCAAGUUUCAGAGAUGGCUACACCGUCAUACUUGCCAAUCUGUAGCUGAAUUUCAAGAUCAUUCAUUUUCAUUCUUAUGCUGCGUACAUUCAAAUAUAUCACUUUUAGUCCGGUAUUGAAUGAGCAUCAGCGAGUAAACACUGGGAAGAAACUGUUGAACUGCUCAGUCUGCGGGAAGGAAUUUACUCAGUCAUCUCAACUGAAUAAACAUCAGUGAGUUCACACUGGGUAAAUGCUGUUCCUCUUUUUGAACUGUAUUUGAAUUCAUACUUUCAUCUCACUUACUGACACACCAAACUUUACAGCAGUGAGAGUACAUUGACCUGCUCAGAGUGUGGGAAGGCAUUCGCACACAUCCAUACUGCAGAGACAGUGGCGGGUUCACACUGUGGUGAGGGUGGUCACCUGCUCUGAAUGUGGGAUGGGUUUCAAUCAUUCAUUCAUCCUUGUGUCGCACUACUCAGCUUUGACCCAUCGAUAAUCAGAGAAAUCAGAAGAUUGAGAGGACAUAAUUCACUCAGGUUCGCCAACCGAGUAUUAAAGGCAAUUGUUCAGGGCAGGUUAUUUUUGAGCUUUGAGCAGUGGCCAGUCAGCAUUCAGGAUUGAUUAUCAAGAAGAUGUUAAAGUUGGGCAGGAGCAAGUGGAGUGGCCAGUGUCAGAGUGGAGACUUUGAGGAUUUACUUCUGAGGUUUCAGUGAGGAGAGCAUUCAGUUAGCGAAGGCAAAAUCAUCAUGGAGCUAAGACUUUUUUUGCCCACUUUUUUACAUUUGCUCAGUUAGAUACCAGGCGGGAUAAUGGAAAGCUCCUCUUGUGGGAUGUGGGAAGGCAGGGGACCUUCCUGUGUCCCUGAUAACUGCACCUGUGAGAAGUGCAUCCAGCUGCAGCUCCAAACAAUCUACAUUAAGGAGCUGCAGCUGGAACUGGAUGAACUCCAGAUCAUUUUGGAGGCUGAAGAGGUGAUACGUAGGACAAAAUAGAGAGGUAGUUGCGCCCAAGGUGCAUGGCACAGGAAACUGGGUGACAGAAAGGGGCAAAAAGAAAAACAGCAAGUGCAGUUUACCCCUGUGUCCAUCUCCCUGUACAAAACAUAUAUCAAUUUAGACACAGUUAUAGAUGGUGGGAUGACUUAGCAAAGGGAAGUCACAGCAGUAGUCUGGUGCUUAGUCUGGUUCUGACUGAAAGCACAAGGGUAGAGAAGAGGUGAGUUGUGGUCUGAGGUGGAUUGUUAGCUAAGGGAGCUAACUGGAUGUCCUGUGUGUGAGAAUGAGAUUCCAGGAUGGUAUAUUGCCUCCUUGUGUGCUCGGGUCUGGGACAUCUCCGAUCAAGCGCUCAACAUUCCUAAGGAGGGUGAACAGUGAAGGUCAUGGUCCAUGUGGGUACCAAUUACAUGGGCUGGGAGUAAUGAGGUUCUGCAAAGAGAGCUUAGGGAGUGAGGUGCUAACUUAAAGGGCAGCUCGUCCAGGGCUGUGAUCUCAGGACUGCCAUCUGUGCUACUUAGCAGGAAUAGGAAGAAUAUACAGUUUACCACGUGGCUAAGGAGUUGGAGCGGAAGGGAGGGCAUAAGAUUUUUAGAUCAUUUGAGCCCAUGGAGAUAUCUGUGUGCCCAGGAGUUUGAGUGCAUUGGGGAAGAGGGGACGUCACUGAUGAAGGCUGAAGUGAGUUGACGAGUCUCUCUCUCUCUCUCUCUCUCUCUCUCUCUCUCACACUCUCACAAACACAUGCACUGGAGUGUGAGGGAGGGGAGUCAGAAGAGAAAGGGGGAAUGAGGAGGAUGCAGUUAGGGCUCUUCACAAAGUUCCACACUCACCCAUGCCUCCCUGUCUGGAAUUGGUCCCAUUCCCUUCAUCAGGCUGGGGCGAGCAUUGAGUUGCAUUGCUAAGAUUUUUAUUAAUUGUUUGAUAGCAUCUGGUUAACACACUUUGAUAAUAAAUGUACAUUGAACUUGA